AUGGAAGCAAUGAAUGAAGGUUUGAAUGAUUUGGAAAUGCAAUCUUUUUUGCCUUAUUUACUUUUGAAGUGUGGUGAUUCAAAAGAUUUAAUUAGAAAUCAAGUUCGUAAAAUUGUACAUGUACUCAAUUCAAUUUCUGUCCCGUCAAAAAUUUUUCCACUUAUUCUUGAUAGUUUAAAAACUAAAAAUUCGAGACAAAAAGCUGAGGGAUUGGUAAUUGCUGAUUCAUUAAUAGAGAUCAUGGGUCUUUCAAUAACAACAACACCACAAAUAACUAUGCGUACUUUUGGUGCUUGUAUUUCUGAAAGAGAUGCUGCUGUACGUAACGCGGCACUGAAUGCUAUAAUUACUGUUUAUCGAGGAAUGGGUUGUGAUCGAGACAAAAUUUUCUCUUUAAUUGGACAGCUUGGGGAAAAAGAACGCGCAAUGCUUGAUGAACGAAUUAAGCGGACAGGAGCAUUUGAUCCAAAAUCUGUAAAUCGUCCACAAACAACUCGUGAUAUGUCUACUAGCCGUCUCAACUCUAGAAUGCAAAAUUCGAGUUCACAACCAAAUUCAACAAUUAGAGCGCGUUCUGCGAGCGGACCUCGACGCCCUUUGGACUUGGCUUUACCCGGAAAUAACUCAAUGAUGUUAGCUGGAGCAGAUGAUAAUAACAACACUAAUGUUCGUGCUCCUCGUCGUUCACAUAACGUUACAGCUACGGGUCUUUCUUCUGCUCAUUCACAUGCUGCUUUAAGUUCGGCAUUGAAUCAGACUGGUGGUCGUUUUCAAUUGGAUCCUAAAUUCUUUCAAAAUGAUUUUGACGACGCUGGAAGGACUCUAGUGGUUAAUUCUGGAGGAUCAAAUCAAUCCACCAGUUUAAACUCGACAUUUACUAAAAAUGAUGUGGGGCAACCAGAACGAGGUGUUUUGGCAAAUCGAAAUGUUCAGCCAAGUGUAAGUAGUAUUGAUCAACAAGAUUUACAACCAAUUAAGCCUGUAAUUCGCCCUGUAAGCACAUUCUCCCGACGUAGUGAAUCUGUAUCUUCUAUUUCUUCGCUAGAAAGUACUGAAUAUAUUGAUCGAGCUGUUCAUAAUGUCUCUUGUUUACAAUUAAGCAUUGCUGAUGAAGCUAUUGCGCAGUUGUUGCAUUUAUUGAAUGAUCCAAAUAAUCGCCAGUAUAUAAUUGAUAGAUCAGAGCUUAUUUUAAAAAUGAUUGUCACACAAGUUUUUCAUAUUCGAAGUCAACAUCUUGAACAACUAGAAUCUGGUAAAGAAUCAAACCGAGACGAACAAAAUUUUUCUAAAGAGAAUGAUCUAAAUGAAUUUUUGCGUUCGAUUUGUAAUUUUCUUUCUACGUUAACAAAUGAAACUCAUAUAAUGAAAAGAAUUAGUGCUGAUACUUUACGUGGAUUUAUAGAAGCAAUUUUGUCGUUAGUAUGUGAUCAACGACUUUCUGGAUUUAAAGAUCAGGUUUUUCGUUCAUUAAAUGUUGUUGUUAUUCGUCUUUGUGAAUUUACUCAUCCAAGUGUUUGUUUUUUGGCUUUGAUGAAGUUAAUUAUGAAAUACCAAGCAGCUGAACCUAAAGGAAAGAUUUUGGAAUUACUUCGUAAAUGUAUGAUUAAACGAACUGAAACUCUUACAGAUCCAGCAAUUGUUGAUAUGAUUGAUAUUCCCACAUUAUUGGAACAUAUAAAUACUUACAUUACACGAUUUUAUAUUACAACAAAUGAGGGACAUGAUUCAGAUGCUUCUGUUAAAGAGACUUCAAAAUUACUUUUUAUUUGUGUUCAACGAAUUGUUAUACUUAAUUACCUCGACCAUCUACCAGAAAAUUCACAUAUUGUUCUUUAUGUAAAACGAUGUGUCCGUGCUGUUGGUAAACGUAAUACUACAGGAGAUGAAAAAACUCCGGAUGGAACACCGCCAUUUAUGGAAGAAAUGGAAAAGUUAUUUGCUCGUAUUGACGAUGAUAUUUUUUCUGGGGCUGUCGAGGACCUUUACAAUUUUAUGGAUAUUCAUCCUGAACAGAAUGCAAAUUUGGAACAAUUUAUGUCAAAAUGUAUUUAUGCAAGUCUAAUUCGUAAAGCUUUUGUAGAAAUUCGAAAAUGCCGUUUGGAAAGGAAGCCGUUAAUACCUGGCGACUCUGUUCGUCGAAUAUUGCCAGAAGAAACGCUUUCAUAUUUGGAUAAAAACAAUCAAAUUAUAGCUUGUAUUGAUGAAUUUACUGCACUUUUAAGUGGAAGUCCUGCUGCAACUUUAGGACAACCUCAACAAAAAUCUACUCCGCCAUCAUAA